AUGCAUAAAGUUUCUACACCAUACCUCCCUCAGACUAACAGACAAACAGAGAUCUCCAAUCAAGAAACAAAGCAAAUCCUGGAGAAGACUGUCCAACCCAACAGAAAGGAUUGGAGUCUACGCUUAGAGGAAGCUUUGUGGGCUUACAGAAUCACCUACAAAACACCCAUAGGAAUGUCUCCUUAUCAAGUUCUUUUUGGUAAGGCAUGUCAUCUACCAGUAGAAGUGAAGCAUAAGGCAUUUUGGGCGAUCAAGCAAUGUAACCUAGAUAUAGAGGCAGUUGGCUGGCAUAGGAAGCUUCAAUUACAAGAGUUGAAGGAGAUUCAUAGAGAAGCAUAUGAGAACUCUAACAUCUACAAAGAGUGCAUCAAGGCUUUUCAUGAUAAGCUAAUAGGGCGUAAAGAGUUCCACAUUGGUGACAAAGAUAUGGGAUCGCAAAGGAGCUUCAAGGUUAAUGGGCAUCGGCUCAAGGUUUUUCAUGAUAGCUUGGGGGAACAUGAACAAAGGGAGACCACUUUUGAAUUGGCCACCUGCCUGAUUUAUAGGGAGUUUUCUUACCUCUCUCUCACUAUUGGAUUGUUUGAAUUGUCCUUAUGA